CCACCAUAUGCUCCGACAACCGCAGCCGUGGGAGGCCGACCAACCAUCGACACAGACAUCCCAGCAAUCUCCGUCUUCUUGCUCCUUUACAUUGGAGGCGCAAUCUGCAACAUGACAAUCUUCCAGAUGAACAGACGCAAAGGCCACAAGUUCCUGGCCUCGUGGGGAAUGUUCGGCUUCUGCAUGGCUCGCAUCGUCAGCUGUGUCUUGCGCAUCGCAUGGACAACAAGAAUCCACAAUGCCCGCCUCGCCAUAGCGGCCUCUAUUUUCCUCAAUCUCGGUGUCAUGGUCGUCUAUGCCGUCGUCCUCGUUCUUGCAAGUCGCGUCCUCAGAGCUACGCAACCAAGACUAGGCUGGAACCCUGUGUUGAGGAAAGCAAUCAAGAUCUCCUACGUCGGCAUCGUUGUUGUCGUCAUCUUGCUGCUCAGCUUCAUCAUCGCAUCGGUCGAGACCCUGAACCAAGGCGUCAGGACAGCAUCCCUCUGGGUUCAACGAGCAUCAAACCUCUACCUUCUGCUACUCAACUGCGUUGCACCCAUCUUCCUCAUCCUCUCCUGCAUUCUCCCCAAGGAUCCAGAAAGUGAGAAUUUCGGCUCGGGAAGUAUGCGUACGAAAAAGAUUAUCCUCGGAGUGGCCAGCUUCUUCUGCCUUUUCAUCUCGGGCUUCCGCUGUGGCACAAUCUGGGCUGCACCGCGUCCGGCUUCAGAUCCUGCCUGGUUCCACCACAGAGCUCUUUUCUAUCUUGUACUAUUGGGCUUCGAGAUUGUAGUCAUCUACCUUUUCAUCUUCACCCGUUUCGACAAGAAGUUUUGGGUUCCGAACGGUAGUCAGGGUGCUGGAGAUUACUCCGGAAAGAAUGAGAAGGCUGUCGAGAAAGAAGCGGCAUUCGAUUCCGACGUCCAGUCCGUAUGA